GUGGGAUGUGACACUAGUGUCUCCUAUCUCAACCCUGAAACAGAUCCAACCCAGCCCUCCUCCCUGUCAGUAUGGAUCUCUGGCCUCUCCUCCCGUCAUCCCCCAACCUCUCCCUCCCCGAGCCCCUGUACUAUGACAGCUACUUCCCAGGGAACGAGUCCGACCUGAGGUCCCGGAAUGACACUCCGGACAAGACCCAACAGCUCUUCGAUAAGACCAGCUCCGUGGUCAUUACCUUUGUCUACUUCAUGGUCUGCGCCGUGGGGCUGACCGGCAACACCUUGGUGAUCUAUGUCAUCCUGCGCUAUGCCAAGAUGAAAACAGUCACUAACAUUUACAUCCUGAACCUGGCUGUGGCUGACGUCCUCUGUAUGCUGAGUCUACCCUUCAUCGCCAUGCAGCUGGCCCUGGUCCACUGGCCCUUCGGCGCCGUGCUCUGCCGCCUGGUCAUGACCGUGGACUCCCUCAACCAGUUCACCAGCAUCUUCUGCCUCACGGUCAUGAGCAUCGACCGCUACCUGGCCGUGGUCCACCCCAUAAAGUCCACCAAGUGGCGGAAGCCACGCGUGGCUAAGAUCAUCAACCUUACCGUGUGGGGAGUGUCCCUGCUGGUCAACCUGCCAAUCAUGAUCUUCAGCGGUCUGAUGCCCAAUAAGAACCAGGCGUGGGUGUGUACCAUUGUGUGGCCAGAGCCUCAGGAGGCCUAUCAGACGGCCUUCAUGUUCUACACCUUUAUCCUGGGCUUCUUCCUGCCGCUCACCGUCAUCUGCCUCUGUUACCUGCUCAUCAUCGUCAAGGUGAGCUCCUCAUUCCUGUUAAAGGUGUUUUAUUCUGAAGUUAAUUUAUCUUUGACAUCUUUGGUGAAGUUCUCCCACCCAUUCUGAUAUAGUUUGACCUAGUAUUUAUUGACCUAUAAUCAUAGAGAUACAGUACCUUCAUACCCCUUGACUUAUGACUUAUUCCACAACAAAAUUUUCAAAAAGUCAAGGGGUGUGAAUACUUUCUGAAGGCACUGUAGGUACAGUUGUGGUAUCGAUUAAGGUAGUACCACCAAUAACAAAGGAUGUGUCCCCUCUCUCCCCGUCCACUAGGUGAAGUCGUCAGGCAUGCGCGUGGGUUCAACUAAGCAUAAGCGCUCGGAGAGGAAGGUGACCAGGAUGGUGUCCAUCGUAGUUGCCAUGUUCGUACUCUGCUGGCUGCCUUUCUACGUGUUCAAUGUCACCUCAGUGACGGGCACCAUCGACACCACGCCUGUCCUCAAGAGUACCUUUGAGUUUGUGGUGGUGCUGGGCUAUGCCAACAGUUGUGCCAACCCCAUCCUGUAUGCCUUCCUGUCGGACAACUUCAAGAAGAGCUUUCAGAACGUUCUGUGCUUGAAGAAGGUGGUGGGCCUGGAUGAGGUGGAGCGCAGCGACAGCCGCAUGGACCGGACGCGCAUGGUCAAAGACGUCACCGCAGAAACGCACAACGCCGCGCUGCUCAACGGCGAGCUGCAGACCAGCAUAUGAGUGUUUGCCAGAGU